GUUAAAUCCCCGGCCCUGCAAAGCACUAUUACAGCAGAGGCCAACUCCUGCAGGCUCUCGGCUCAACAGCUGCGGACUUCGUCGGGCCCACGCCCGCCACCACCAGUCCUCCGGGCCGCUGCACGCCUGAGACCAUGCGAACUCAGUCCGCGCAAGCGCAUUACACGCACGUGAGCGCGCGCCGGCCUCCCCUACAAAUGAGCUUGCGCGCACACUGCGCGGGAAAAGGCACGGCGCUGCGGCCUGGGAGCAAUGGAGGAAGCUGUGCAGCGGUCAUUGGCGGCUUGCUCUGCGGGACUCGGGAGGGACGAAGACGCGGUGCUGCUCCUAGAAAGAGCCCAUUACCGACAUGACCCACGCUGGCUGCUGCCGGUGUCCCCACGCCUCUGCCUGGCCUGCGUGCUGGAGCUGCUCCCGGAGCCCGGGGUGUCGCUGGUCCGCAAGAAGCACGUGUUGUCCUGCUUCCGAGAUGCCCUUUUGAGGCAUGGCUCCCUGGUCACACAGCUGGUGGCUCAGGACCAGAGAAUCUGCAUCCACUUCAUAAGCGUGCUUUUUGGACUGUUAUGCAGCGUGAAAGAUGGGAGUGUAACGGACCUCUGUAUUGAAGUCCUCGUCCAGCUUACCAUGCAGCUGAAGCUGGAGCAGAUCAUCCAUUGCCUGCUGGAUGAGUGUCACAAACAGCUCUGUAACAUCCCCUCCAUGCAAGACGGCCUGGCCACCCUGACCCUUCUUGGCAAGUUGGUGGAUGCCAUCCCUGUUCUGGCUGACGAGCUUGUGAAGGAGCAUGGCAACUUGAUAGAGCAUCUGAUGAGAGGCAUGGUGUACCCCAGUGAAGGGGUGCAAGCUUCUGUCUGUUACCUCUAUGGAAAGCUCUAUGCCUCCCCAGUGGCAGCUGAGCUGCUUUCAGGCCAUUUCCGGGAGAAGCUUUGCCCUCUCUUCCUUUCCACCCUGGACAGUGCCCAGACAAAGGAGCUGCAGAUCAACUGCCUCGGUUUGCUGAGACAGCUGCUGAAGUAUGAUCUCUUUGUGUCUAUGAUCAUGAACAAGUCCAUGCUGCCAGGAAAUUCUGAGAGUGUCGAGGGGCCAUCAGGAGAGACCUCACUUCCUUUGGUGCUCAAAAAGUUUCUUCUCUCUAGAGACGAGUUCCUGCAGGUGGCCAGUACCCACUGUAUAACUUCAGUGCUGGUCCACUCCCCAGUGAAGCAUGCUGCGGCCUUCAUCCAUGCUGAUGUCCCAGAGUUCAUCUUUGAGCACCUUUCCUCUGCCAAUGAAGUGCUUGUCUGGUCCAGCUACAGCUGCUUGAUACUCCUGGUGGAAGAGCCACUCUUCUUUUCCAAGUGCCACACAGUGUAUGGGAUCGAGGCGGUGGUGAGGAGCCUUCAGGGAUGCCUAAAGAUGACCAACACAGAGCUGCACAAGCAGGGCCUGCUGCUCUUUGCUGAGAUCUUGACCCGGCAGCCGGAGGAGAUCCGGCUGUUCACAAGCUCAGCCAUGUGUGGAGAUGCUGCCCGUGCCCUCCAGGAGGCAGUGAGCAGCCCUGUGCUGGAGGUGGCCGCUGAAGCAGUGAAGGCUACUUCCGCUUUUCUGAGGAAGGACCAUCAGAGUGCUCCACCUGUGCAGUACACAGCACUGCGGGCCUUGCUGGAAGCCAUGCUGAGCCGGUGUAUAGAGUUUUCCCAGACCUCGCUGAGCAUGAGGGCUCCGAGCCAUCCCUGCAGGAGAGGAGAGUCAGAGAAGGCCAUCCUUCGAAGGGGAAAGUUCCUCCUGAGCACUCUGGAAGGGUUUAGAAAUGCCUGCAGGUUGGCUGUGGAAUUCCAGGGUGAGCCUUUGGCCCAGGAGAAUCCCUUCACAGCUCCCAGUGCGGAGAAGGAAGAUACCUUGGAGGCCUUCUCAGAAUUUCUUCUUAGUGCCUGUGACUCCCUAUGUAUCCCCAUGGUGAUGAGGUACUUGGAGCAGACCACCCACCCAGGCUUAAUGGAAGUGUUCCUCUCGAUUCUGCACAGCCUCUUUGUCGUCGUCCCUCACAUGAAGGAGAAGUUCUCUAAGAAGCUUGCUGCUUCAUCCUUCAUACGACUAACACUGGAGCUCAAGGCCAGAUUCUGCAGUGGCCCUAGUCACUCAGCUCUAAACCAGGUGUGUUCCAGUUUCCUCUACUACAUGUGCUUCAAUCUCCUCUCAUCUUCAGAGAAGACGGCACUGCCUUCCUCCGAAGAACUCUCUGCAGUAUCUGAGCUCCUGCAGGAGGGGCUGCCCCACAUAAGCAGCAGGGGCCCCGAAAGCCUUGCCUUCCUGUCUGAUUGCCAGUAUGUGGAGGGAGCUGCUCGCCAGAAACAGUACUGUAUCCUGCUCCUCUUCUACCUGGCCUACAUUCACGAGGACAGGUUUGUCUUAGAGGCAGACUUAUUUGUAGCUGUGCAGCGCUUCCUCCUGUCUCUUCAGAACCAGGGUGAGCGCCCCCCACCAAUGGUCUUCAGAGCCUCCAUCUAUCUGCUUGCAGUCUGCCAGGACAAGGACAGUGCACUGGAUGAGGUUGUGAUCAAUGCAAUCAGAAAAUUCCUAGAGGGGAUCUCAGACCUGCACCUGGUCUAUACCCAUCACCCUCUCCUGCUCAGGUUCUUCCUGUUGUAUCCAGAGCUGAUGAGUAGGUUUGGGCAUCGUGUCCUGGAACUUUGGUUCUCCUGGGAACAUAGCUAUGAAGAACUGUAUGAUAUCCCUUCUCCUGGACAGUUGAACCUUCCUGCCAGCUUAGCAGCCCUCUUUGAGAUACUCAGAAGCAGCCCCAGCAUCCUUCUUAUUUUGCUGGACCUUGUCUAUUCUAGCCCAGUAGAUGUAGCCCACAAGGUGCUGAUCAUCCUGAGGACCUUCUUGAGGAGGAACGAGGAUAUCCAAGUGGGUGGUCUCAUCCGAGGCCACUUCCUGCUCAUCCUGCAGCACCUGCUGGUAGAGUAUGGGCCCUCUCCACCAGGAGCUUCAGGGAACCUGCCGCUGCUCCUGAGUCUCCUGUCCUUGGUGCAACUGAGGAACAAGUCAGGGCAAGAACUGGACAGCAUGGCCAUGAAGCUCCUUCACCAAGUGAGCAAGCUCUGUGGGAAGUGCAGCCCCACAGAUGUGGACAUCCUGCAGCCUUCCUUCAACUUCCUGUACUGGAGCCUGCACCAGACCACACCCAGCAGUCAGAAGAGAGUGGCUGCAGUGCUCCUGAGCAGCACAACCCUGAUAGAGCUUCUGGAGAAGACGCUGGUGCUCACCUGGGCAGAUACAGGCUCUCCUCCCUGGACAGAGGGAGGCUCUCCCAGGAGUGCACUGCUCUGCUCUGCCUGGCUACUUGCUGCCUCCUUGUCUUCUCAGCAGCACGAUGGCAACUUGCAGGUUCACCAGACUCUGUCCGUGGAACUGGACCAAGUAGUGAAGAUCCUCAGCUUUCCGAAGAAAAAAGCUGCACUGCUGUCAGCUGCCAUCUUACGCUUCCUGCGGACAGCCCUGCAACAAAGCUUCUCCUCUGCUCUAGUGGCCCUGGUGCCCUCAGGGGCCGGGCCACUGUCAGCCUCCAAAGACACUGUCCUAGCUCCGUUGGGAACAUCACAAGUGCUGUACCUGAUCGUCGGGCUACAGAACCUCUUGGUGCAGAAGGACCCUCUAUUGUCCCAGGCCUGUGUUGGUUGCCUGGAGGCCUUGCUUGACUUCCUGCAUGCUCGGAGCCCAGACAUCGCACUGCACGUGGCCUCCCAGCCCUGGCAUCGGUUUUUGCUGUCUACUCUCUUGGAUGCUGGAGACAAUGCCUUCCUCAGACCUGAGAUAUUGAGGCUCAUGACCCUGUUUGUGCGGUAUAGGAGCAGCAGCAUCCUCUCCAUUGAAGAGGUGGAUCACCUCCUACAAGACAUGGCUUUGGCUGACCUAUCUACCCUCUCACAUACUACCCUCCAGGCCCUGCGUGGCUUCUUCCUGCAGGUCCAGAGCGCGGGCCUCCUGGCUGAUCACAGCAUGACCCAGACCCUGCAAGCCUCCUUGGAGGGCCUUUCCAGCACCUUCUCAGCCCAGCCACCCCAGCAAGACAUGCUCUGCCUGGGAGGGGUGGCUGUGUCCCUGUCCCACAUCAGAGACUGAGCCUCAGGACUUGAAGGACCGGAAACCAAGAAAAGUGAGACCUGGAGACAAAGUCAGGACAUAAUUGUUGGGAAAAGGAUGACAAUCACAGCCAUUCCUCUGGAACUGUCUACUCCAAUGGAAAUGGAAUAGUGCAAAUGG